GUACCAGAUUACACCCAUCCCUCUAUAGAGUUUGUGGUUUGCGGCGCUGAAACGCAAGACGUUUCCAUCCAAAUUCCGUUCCGAUAAACCCUUUCUUGAUACCUUACUUGCGAAUACACUAUCAAACCCUAAAAAUCGAACUCAAAGAACAAUAAAAAGGGAUUGUGAAAAUGAGUGAGCUGCCAAUGCAGAACAUUUCCUCGGCCUUGACUUUGUCACGGACACAGAAAACCCAAGGAUCAGCCAUUGCAGCAUCUGGGCCAGAUUCCAAGCCGAAGAAGAAAAUCUGCUGUGCUUGCCCUGACACCAAGAAACUUAGAGACGAAUGCAUUGUGGAGCACGGUGAAGAUGCUUGUUCAAAAUGGAUCGAGGCUCAUCGUAAAUGUCUUCGCGCUGAAGGUUUCAAUGUUUGAAAGUGAUGAUCAUUGAAAAAUUGAUGACAUAGAGCGUGAUACAAUUUUACACACAUCAUUUUUCUUUUUCUCUUUUGAGGAUUUCAUGUACUUUUGGGUACAUCGGAAAUGAUUGAGGAUACAUAUACAGUAGAUGAUAUCUGUGUCAUUGAAAAUUUAGGAAUAAAUCGAGAAAGGUGGCUUCUCUGAACUUUUAGAUAAAAACUUUGUACUUGUUUACUAUUUAAUUUUAAACGUUUUGGAUUGGUUAAUUCCUGCUA